AUGCUCUCAUCACCCCGUGGUCUGAAGCGUUCGCGUUAUGGCAAUGCCAUGAGCGAUUCUUUGCGUCAGUCUACAGGUCUGCGCAUAGACAAGGACCGACAGACUGCCAUCCCCGCCAUUGCAAACAAAUACGCUACCAAUCCCCCUCCACAGCUGGCCGAGUCCGACGACAUGGUCUUGCGUACUGAUUCCCUUAUGGCCCAGCUACAUGCCGACGCCAAACUUGCAACUAGCCCCCUCCCUCCUAAUCGCACCGCACAACAGCUGGGUCGUCUCUGGCAAAGCCACUCACAGAUCAAGUCGCAGUCAGGCUCUAUUGGUCCCAAAUCAAAUUCGGGUCUCGACAAAGCAAACUACCUGGCACAACUCGCUCUCCGCCUUCACCAUCCUUUCUCCGCGUCUGCCAAUGCCCCGUCCGCAUACCGACCUUCGGCCGCCUAUUCCAACCUCGUCAUGUCCUCAGGCCACCCCACCUCGAUACCCCGUGCUCUGCUCGACUGGCUAAACACCUACCACAACCCAUUCCCCGACGAUUUAAAGGACGUCAUGCGCUAUCGCCCAACUCCUGUUGCUCACGAUCGAUUCUGGGAUAUGGUCUAUGCCUGCACCUUGCGCGGCGACGUUCUGAACGCCAUCAACUUACUGGAGACCGCCGAUUGGUCGCAAGCCGAAUCUGCUAUUGAGGACGGUUACGAUCAGCCCGGGUAUGCUGGAAGUCACCUCCACGCUGUUCGUGAAGUCGUCAGCCGAUGCGUGGACCUGCUCAGCACCUGUCCCGCUGUUACCGAGAACGACUGGGAUGUCAAGGGGUCUGACUGGACCAUUUUCCGCCACCGCGUUCGUCGUGAGCUUCAGGACUUGCAGGACUUUGCAGAAGCAGAUAGCCGUGACAAGGACCAGUUUCCAGCCGCACCCUUUGGCAGGGUGAGUAUGAGUUUCAGCACUGCCAGUCGCCGAGCAGAGAGCAAGGUCCCUUGGCUUAUCUAUGAGAGUCUAAAAACUCUGUACGGUCAGCUGCUGGGUAAGAGGGACGAGAUCAUGGUGGCUACUCAGGACUGGUUGGAGGCUGUCAUUUUUCUGACUGCCUGGUGGGACGGUGAAGACGACGACAUCAUGUCGGACGAUUUUGCUGCCAGUAGACGCUCUAUGCGUCAGUCACAGUCGAUGCGUCAAGUCGACGUCUCACCUGUCUUCGCCUACAAGAAACAACUGCUCUUGGCUUUUGCCUCUGUCACCGACAAACCAGACGAAGAUGAGUUCUACCUCAAUACUGUCAACCCUGUCCAGGUUGGUAUUGCCUGUAUUUGCGAAGAUGAUACCCAGGGUCUCGUAGGCAUCUUGAAGUCGUGGUCUCUACCUAUCGCUUCUGCUAUCGUUGAGCUAGCUACCGCCGCGGGUUGGAUGCCUUCUUCGGCAAGCAACAUCCUUGACGCCUUUGAUCAAGACGACUUGAUGGUUCUGAGCCACGGCCAGCCAGUACAGUCCGAUCUGAUUAAACGUGAUGACGUCUUGAUACAAUAUGCCUCGGUUCUGGCAAAGAAAGAUUCCUUCAAGAGCGCGACUGGCAAACCUGUGCAAGAAGGCUGGGAUCUUGCUUGUCGUGUGCUGGGACGUCUUGAUAGCUUCGAGACGGCCAAGACAAAAAUCUCGGAUCUGCUGAACCAGAUUGCCCUUGAUUCGACGACGCGCGUGGAUAAGGUCCUCGCUGUCCUCAACGAGAUCGGUUUGCCUGACCAGGUUUGCGAGAUCGCCGAGCGCUAUGCCGAUGAUCUGGCAGCUUCCAGUCAAGACUACGGUAGCGCUUUGAUCUACUACGCCCGCGCACACGCCUCGCAAAAGCUCCGCAGUACCAUCGAUCUGCUCAUCUCAUUGUGUCUUGUGCAGAGUGCUGCAUUCCCUCCACAGGCAAUCAUCGACCCGCAACUGGAUGCUCUGCUCAACGAUCAACACGCUACUCUCCACCAGGUUGCACGUCAAGAUGUCGCGGCUGCUCAACUACUUGCAUCACAAUUGAGUGGUUACGCGACGCUGCGCCGCUUCUAUGACUUGCGCGACGCAGAUGCUGCCAAAGAUGCAGCGGAAGCUGAUCCCGGUAUGUUGAGGCCAUUGGCCCGGAAGCGGGAAGCAGCCAGGGCGUUGAUGGCCGUCAUCGAGUCCGCCGCGGAUAGUAUUCGUGGUGGCUUGUAUGACCCUGAAGCCCAAUCGGUGGUGCAGGUGGAUGCUUUGAUGGCUUUGUUGUGUGAGGCGUUGCCUCUGAUGAAUCAAACAAAACAGAUCUUGAAGACACCGCACCUCCUCACACUGAUCCGCGCAAUCGAAGAUCUGGAAACCAUCACACCGGGCAUCUACGCUCAGAACUCUGCUGUCUUCAGUGCUGCAAUCAACAGCUAUCUCUCAAACUCAUCCUCGCCUACCACUCUUACACCAUCAUCCUCGACUCCUGAUCUCAGCAAGUCGAUCGCAGGGUUGAAGCAAAGCGUGAGCUGGAACAUGGUCAAGAGCAGCGGCAGCAUCGCAUCCGAACAAAACGGCAAUGGCGGCGACUCUAGUGCCGGUGUAAUGGGAGGCUACCAAGUGCAGAGAGCCUGGGAUUGGAGAGUCGGCGCUGUGCACAUGAAGGGCAAGGCCGUCCAGCCCAAGGACGUGAUGCGGGUGUUGAGGUGCCAAGUUGCUGUCGAGAUGGGCAAGGUGUGGAUGUAA